AUGGGGCGAAGGUCGCGCGGCGGCGCCCUCGCCGUCCUCGUGAUACUCCUGGCGAACGUUUUGACCCUCGCGGCGGCUCCCGAGGAGGUCCAGCCGGACCGAGAGGGUGCGGGUGGAGCGCGAUGGGCGGAGGACGAUGAGAAGAGGGCGUCCGGCGACGACGCCCGAGGCGCGCGCGGGUUCUCCCCGGUGGACCCGCGCAGAAUCGCGUGCGCGACCCCGGACGUGGACGAUGCGGACGCCACGCGGUACCUCGCGGCGCUGGACUUCGACAUCGGCGUCCUGGACCCGCCCUUCCACCCGCUGACGCUCGAGUACGUCCUCUCGAUCGCGCCGAACGCGUUGGCGCCGAGGAGCGCGCCCGGAGAUGCGAGCGCGUCGCCCCACGCGCCCGCGGCGUUUCUCGGCGUCCGCGCGCUGGCGUGCGACCCCGAGGCGGACGUCACCGUAGGGAACGCGCGGGCGCGGCGGGAGGUGACGCACAGGCCGAGGCCGGGCGGUGCCUUCGACGUCCUCGAAGCGGCGCCGUCUGACGUCGAGGCGACGGCGAGGACGCCGCUCGCGAGGGGCGACACCGUCGUGCGCAUCGCGGUGCACGUGGGGCACGACGACGAAGACGCGGAGGUGGACGCGAGGACCGUGUACACGGUGCACGCUCGCGUCCUUCACGAGAACGAGGACGAGGCGUUUGAGGCGUUUGAGGCGUCUGACGUCGCCGACGACCAGUCACGCGACGAGAGCGAGCGCCUCCGAGAGCGGACGCGGCGGGCUCGUUCCGUCGCUUCGGAGACGGCGCUGGAGCGCGCCGGGUGGACCGUCGUGCCCGCGCCUCUGAGGUCGGCACCCUCGGCACCCCCGCCCGGCAUGCCGCCCGGCUUCGUCGCCAUCGGGUCCGUCGCCGCGCGCGCCGACGCGUUCCCGGGCGUCGCGACCGCCGUGGACGCUCCGGGCCCGGCGUCGUCUCCGGGGGGCGCCUCCGGGACAAACAGCGAGUGGACGCUGGAGAUCGUCGCCGUGCCCCGCGGCGGGACGACGUCGUUGCUCCGGGAGGAGGACCUCGACGGGAGGACUUCGAUGGGUCCCGCCGGCGCGAGGAUGGUGGGACCCGUCGCGGUGCGAAUGGGCUCGGCGGCGAAUCGUGCUCGAUUCUCGUUCCGACUGGACGCGAAACCUUCGAUGGGAGCCGGCUCGUCGCUCUCGCUGCUGUAUCGAGCGUGCGUCGUCGGGGAUGAGGCGUGCGCCGACGCGCCCCCGCGGCGAAUCGCGUUGGACGUCGUGGCGACGCCGCCCGCGCCUCCGCCCGCCCUCGUCGCGAGGAUCUCGCGGAAAAGUCCCCGGCCGUUUUCGAUUCCCAGGCCGUUCUCGUCGACUAUUCCCGGGCCGUUCUCGACGCCGGCUGCGACGCCGCACGGCUCGGCCGGCCGCGCCGCCCGCCGGUGGCUCGAGAUCACCAGCCUCCCGUCGAGGGGAACGCUGGUGCUGUGCGGGGUGGACGACGGCGAGGACGGCGAUCACCCUCGGUCGGGGUCGCACCCGUCGCUCUCGUUCGCGGUGAUUGACCGACCGAGGGUCAUCGCCGGAGACAUGUCCGGAACGCCCGCUCGAGUCGCGUACGUCCCGGCUCGCGCCGACGACCCGCGCGAGCGCGGCUCCCUCGAAACCAGGGCGCGGGCGGCGUGCGAGAGCGGUCACGCCCCGCCGGCGACGCCGAUACCCGCGGGCCCGAGGGCGAGGAAAGCGGCGGCGCGGCGAGCGCUCCUCGGAGAGGACGACGAUGCCCGACGGCGUCGAUCGCCGGCGACGACGACGACGACGACCGACGGAUUCACCUACAGGUUCGUCUCCGAAGGUCUCCCUUCGCCGUCCGUGCCUGUCACCGUGUACGUCGACGACGAAGACGACGACGAGACGAAUAGAUCGACUCCGGCGCCUAGACAGACGCGAAGGCUCCUCGCCGAACAAAUCUCGCCGUCGACCGCGUCGACGUCCUCGGUGGGCUCGUCGGCGACGGUGACGGUCCCGGCCUCCGCCGCCGCCGCCUCGAGCCCCACCUGCGUCGAGGUGGCGAUCGGCGACGCCGUCGACGACUGGACGUGCGCUCCGUCAGUCCAACCCGGGGAUCGGAAGCUCGGCCACGCCGGACCGAUCACGUGCCGCAAGCCCACGUACGAGGUGACGAUCGUCCCGACGGUAUCGGGCGCGAGCGAAGACCCGGUAUCGUGCGUCGUCGUCGGCGCCACGUACGACGCGGGGGAAUCGUGCCCGCUGGACGGCGUCGGCGACGAAACAUCGCGAGUGCGGGGUUUAUCGGCGACGUUCGCUUCGAUUCCGGCUACGCUCGUCGGCCUCUCCGCGUGCGCCGCCGACGCCGUGUUGACGGUGUGGGCUCGAUCGACGUGCGCCGUCGACGUUCAGCUCACGGUGCGCGUCGUUCGCGCCUCGCCAGAGCUUGACAGCGGACUGUACCCGCGCAAGAGACUCGCGGAUUGCCUGCACGUGCCGCAAUCGACGCUGUACGUGUGCCCGGAGGAUUCGACUCAGGCGCCUCGGCCGGCGUCGUGCCCGUCGUCCAUCGCGUCCGGCGAAGGGGACGUCCUCGUCACGCUCCCCGCCACGGUGGCGUCCACGCCCGGCGGUGGCGUCGACGUGCCCGACACCUUAACGGUGCGGUGGGAGGUGUUCACGGCGCCGCAUCCGGAUAACGCGCUCGUGUACCAGUACGAAGCCUCAGACGGCUCGCGAGGCGCCCGGUUCCUCUCCGGACACACGUCGCCCGUGCGGGUGACGGACCCGGGUGGGCGCGUCAUCGUCACUCCGACGCCGAGGGGCGGCGCCGCGGGUGCCAGGGCGUGGCCGGGUUCGCCCGCGGCGAUGAUCCGGUACGUCGCGUGCGUCGUCGAGGACGGGACGUGCGCGAACGGCGGCGUCGCAGAGAUUGACGUGAGCGCCCGGCCGAGAGUUUUCGUGAACGACGUCCUCACGACCACCAAGGGGGCCAUCUCGGAGGCGUUCCGGCUGGACGCGCGCGACUCCGACGGCGACUCGCUCCUGUACGUCAUCACGUCGCUGCCCGCGGAUCUGCGCGGGGUAAAGGGUACCACGCGGUUCUGCGCGGACGGCGACCCCGACACGUUGACGUGCAAGGGAUCCCCGUACUCGCUCACGCAGAGUUGCGUCGGCGAUUGCCUCAUCCUUUGCAGCGCGGGGGCGCAGUGCGUGUCGUGCGUCGAGUCCAACCAGCUCGUGUGCCCGGGGUCGCAAACUCCCGCGAGGAACCCGCUGAUUUACUACACGGCGGGAACGUGCGAGGAGUGCGGCGGCCGGCCGGUCGGGUCGAUCCAGUUCAAGGUUUACGACGGGGCGCAAUUUUCAACGCCGGUUUCCGAGCCCGGCGCGCAAAUCGACUUUCACGUCAACGCCAUCCCGGUCGCGACAUCGCCCGGCGCGCCCGUCGGUUUACUCGCACGGAUUCCCGCGGACUGCGAUGCGGAGUGCGCAGCGGACUGCGCGGCCGUGUGCGCGCGUUCGUGCGCGGAAUACCGCGAGCGGCACACCGGCGUCGCCGCGGGGGUGUGCGAAGCGAAUAAUCUCAGCGGCGAAUGCGACGCGGCGGCGUGCGAGGCGACGUGCGCCGUGGCCCGUUGCGAGAGCGGGUACGGAUUCGCGUACCAGCUCACGGGAACGGACGACGAUAACGACGUGUUGUCCUUCAGCGUCAUCGGCGUACCGUUCUACGUCAGAGACAACGGCGACGGGACUGCCACGAACGUUCCCCUCGGGAAGGUGUAUCAAACCGCCCCGGGCAACGUCAACCAGAUCAUCUCCCCGGACCAGAAUCCCUCCGCAGCGGGUGACUGGGGCGCAGUCGCCGACUCUAACGGCGUGAUCCGCUACGUUCCCGCGAAGGAUUCGCACGGCAGACCGUACGGCGGAUCCAUCAACGGCGCGAUCACGUUCAGAGUCUUUGACGGGUUCAGCACGUCUGACAACUUCGGCGAGGUCACGUUCGCCGUGGAUACCCCGCCCACCGCCACCGCGGUGCACUCGACCGUGAACGAGGGCGGGUCACUGGCGAUGACGCUCGCCGUCGCGGACCCGGUCGACUGCCCUUCCGGCCAGUGCGGACGUUUAAGCGACGGGACGUUCUCCGGCGCCGUCAAGGCGCUCGUCACGCGCGUCUCCCCCGCCGGUGGGGCGCCCGGCCUUUUCAUUCACCCCCCCGACGACACUCCCACCGCCACGCCCGUGGAGCUCAGGUGCGACGGCGAGGACGGCGCGUGCGACCCGCCGCUGGACAUUCGAGACGUCAAGAUCCUCUACGUACCCCCGCCGGCUGUUAACCCGGCGGUGAGCCUUGCGCCGCGGGGAACGGAAUCGACGCGCGGCGUGAUCACCGUCGAGUACGUCGCCGACGACGGCGCGUUGCGAUCCACCUCCGUCGCGUCCACGAUCACGUACGUGCCCAAGCCGAGGGCGGACGACGUGGUGAUACGCGUCACGCCGUUGGCGCCAAAAACGCUCGUCCCGGCGACGCGCGUGCCCGUGUCUGAGAUGGAGUAUUAUUCGGGCGUCACCGUCGGAUACGUCCGGGUGUCGCUUCCCCCCACGGACGCCACUCUGUCGUUCUGCGGCGAUCAGAACGUCGCCGACGCCGACCGCGUGCACACUAUGCUGUACAGUCUCCAGCCCAGCACCGAGGGCGAGCUGUGGUCGCUGCAGGCGCCGAGCGGGUACGGCGGCGCAUUUUACGAUUCAAACGGAAAUUUGAUUGACGAGGACGAACCCACCCCGGGUGCGCAGUACGUGACUUCGUUGUCGUCCAUGCAGGUUAACCCGAGUUACUUCGGGCAGCAGGUUGAGCAGCGCGUGGACAACGAGCCGAGGCAGGUUCUGUUCCUGCCCAAGGCUCCCGCGCACGGCGCGCCUGGUUACAACACGAGCUUCCAGUUUCGGGUAUGCGUCACCGAGGCUUCCGGCAACAGCCGGGUGUGCGACCCCGACAAGUACAGCGACAUCGCAACGGCGACGGUGGUGGUGCUCCCGCAUAACCUGCCCCCGGUCGCGGUCGCCCCGCCCACGCCGCCCACCUUGCGAGAGGAUUUCGACGCGGUGGAGGGUGUGUUGAUCACUCUCGGCGGCUCCGACCCCGAGGGCGAGACCACCCAGGCGCAGAUCGUGAUUCCCCCGGGGUUUUCAAUCUCGUGCGGCGACAACAGCGACGAGUGCGGCUCCCUUUGGCAAGUCGACUUUGUCACCGGCAAGGCGACGAAUAAGAUCAACCCCGACGACUGCGACCUCAGCACCCCUUGCCCGGUGACGGAUCCGCUCAGCCGCGUUCGGUUCAUCCCCGAUGUCGGCGGGCACGACCCCGCCGGUCCCAACGGUGCCCCUUACGUCACGUUCUCGUACGUGGUCACCGACGGCGUCAUGCUCUCUUUGCCCGUGGAGGUAUCCGUCAGGGUAAACGCCGCGCCGGUGAUUCCGAGCGCCAUUCGUAGGGUUUUUGUCGAUGAGGACUCAUCGGGUAUUCUUCCGGUGAACAUGCUCGCGUCGGACUCGGACGGAGACGAGCUCACAGUGCAGUUCAUCGAGUUACCCGGAGCGUACGGCAAACCAGAGUUCUUUCACGUCGAAUCCGGCGCGAAGGGCGCGCCGAUGGACUCCGGGCGGCUGCCGGUGAGCAAUCGACCGGGUUCGCUGCAGGUCUGGUUCGAGCCCCCCUACAACACCUCGGGAGAUAAGUUUGGGUGCUGCCUCCACCGCGAGUGCCCGACUGAGAUUCUCCGUCUCAACCCGACCACGCAACAGUACCUGCAGAGCACGUGCCAGGAGUGUUCCAUGUGCGCCACAGUCAACACCGCGUGCGAGUGCGACUACAACUGCUGCCCGCAGAGGCACUUCUACGGCAAGAUUGUCUACGGCAUCAAGGACUCGUUCGGCAUGCGAUCAAAGACCAACGGCGAGAUUCAUUUGUACGUGAGACCGGCGCCGUCAGCGCCCCUCGUCAUGCCCGACUACACCGUGGUAGCGUACGAGGGCACUCCCACGGAGAUUGACCUCCAUGCCGCGGACAACGACAGUUUUUGCUACGAGGAAAACGUGACGUACAUCUCCGGGUACACGGUGAUACCCGCGGCGUUUCCCGGUUUGCCCGACACCGUUGUCACGCAGUACGACUGGAAAUACGUGGUCAAAUGCAACGAGGAGGUCCUUUCCGCGGUGCUCGUGGACGCCCCGCUCGAGGACGAGGGUCUCGGGACGCUGUCGACUCCCGACGGUGUGCCUCCGGGUAACUUGUACAAGGUGCAACAGGCGUACUCGACGUAUGCGCAAUUUCCCGACGCGUGGUUCGGUCCCGGCUCGGGUCACCCCCAGGAGAUAUCUCGGACCGAAGCUGUCGCCGAAGGGCGCGCCAUGUGGCUGAUGGGCACGACGAAGGUUGUUUACACGCCCCCGCCCAUCGCGGCCGGGUACCCGUUCGUCACGCUGAGGUUUGGGAUCAGGGACACGACGACAAAGUAUUCACCGCGGACGACGCGGGUGCGGGUGGUUGUCCGUCACAAGCUGGACGAUCGACUCUCGCGAUUCGUGCGUCUGCCCAACUGGUACUUUCGGGACAUAUCCACCUCCAAGUUGGCGAACGAGACGGUGGAUUGGUGGCUCUACCCGUACGGCUUCAACGCGAGUUUCAUACCGGAGGGUUUGCGGGACGGGACGCACUGGCUCACGCCCAAGAGACGGGACGAGAUGGGGGCGUUUUUGAUGCCGGGAGGUCGCAACGACAUCGGCCAGCUCGGUCUCGGUCACGCCAUGAACCUCCGCGCCCCGCGACUCAACGACGACGCCGACGUCAAGCCCCUGGAGCUCGAGCGGCUCAGCGCGGGCGAGAAAUCCACGCUCGGCGUAUCCACCGCGCCGGGGAACUCCUCGAGGGGGAACGUGUACUCGUGGGGCGACGGCGCUCACGGCCGCUUGGGACACGGGGACGUGUACCCGCGAACCUCGCCCACGCUCGUCCGUGGGCUCGCGGGAAAGAACAUCAGCGCGGUCGCCGCCUUUUCCGGGCACGCCGCGGCGGUGACGGCCACCGGUGAGCUGUACACGUGGGGAUCGGAUUCGGACGGCCAGCUGGGCCGACCGAGGCGGCCGGGGUCGCUCCGCGGUCCCGCGGCUGAGGCUUUCGAUCCCGUGGUCAAGGCCUCCACCGAACCGAUGAAGAUACACAGGGUCACGGCGGGCGGCCUCGACCGGCACGACGUCAUCGACGCGGCGGUGGGAGACGCGCACACGCUCGCGCUCACCGCGGAUGGGACGCUGUGGGCGUGGGGGAGCAACCGAGCGGGGCAGCUCGGCAGGUUGGACUGCGCCGAACGAUCGCACCAUCCCAAGGGCCAGCCGAGGCUCGCCAACGCGUCCGAUCCGGACUCGCCCGUCGUGUUCGGCGGGUACGAAAAGGGUAACGGCACCGGAUGCGAGGCGUACGGAGCGCCGGCGACUGGUCGCAUCGCCACGCCCGGACCGCUGGAGCUCUCGCUUCGGUUCCGUCCCUACCGCGGUCACCCAAUGGAGCGGCUUCGGGUGCGGGACAUGGACCUCGAGCCCGUCAAGUUCAGGGCGGUCGCGGCGGCGGCGAGUUACACCGUCGCGAUCCGCGCGGAUCCCGCGCCCGGCACCCCCGAGGCGGCGGCGAUCGAACGAAGAAGGGACGCGGUGCUCGACAAACCACCGCCGCUGGAUCUGAUAUCCGACCCGAUUGACAUGGGCGAUGAGGAAUACACCGCCGCGGCCGCCACGGCGGGCGGGCAGGUGUACACCUGGGGAUACGGCGACGUAGGGCAGCUGGGCCACGGCUUGGGCUUCGUGCCCGUCGGUAUCGACAACAUCGGACAGCGCGUGAUGGUCCCGACACCUGUGCGAGCGUUGGAGGGUGUCGACGCCGUGAAGGUGUCCGCGUCGAGAUACCACGCCCUCGCCGUGUCCCGCGACGGCAGGGUGUACACGUGGGGCGGAGGACUGUACGGGCAGCUCGGGCACGGCGAUCGGUACCCGCGGUUCGAGCCGACGCUCGUGGCGGCGCUGAUCAGGGUGAACAUCACCGACGCCGUGGCGGGUACCCGGCACACCGUCGCAGUUUGCGAUUUGGGCGAAGUAUACGCGUGGGGUUCCAACGAGUUUGGCGAGCUGGGCGUGGACCCGCGGCCGGUGAAACCCAACGAGGGGAUGGCCAACCCCACGCUCACCCUGCGCGGGUGGCUGUUUGGCGACGCGCCCACGCCCUCCUACGCCGCCAACCCUCCGCCUCCGACGGCGAGCCCGGGCGCUCCGAGCGGCAAGAAACGAAGGAGCGUGCUCGGCAUGGACACCGAGGAGGACCCCACCGGGAAGUUUGACGUCAUCUUCGAGCGGCUUAGGGACGACGUCGACGAGUCGGGUAGGUCCGGCAUGACGCACGCGAGUUUCGGAGCGCUCAUCGCCGGGGUAAAGCCGGCGAUUCCGCCGCCUUGGGAAAACGUCAACGGCACCCUGGACGAAUUGGUCAACCAGAGGUUUGGCUCGAUGCUGGGUCAAUCGAGAGACAGCGCCGGCGUCGUCGAGUACCUCACGCUCCCACGACUGGUUCGGGGCCUCGCUCAGGUCAGCGAGGUGGCCGCCGGCGACGGGUUCACCCUCGCGGUGCGCAAAGCGUGCAGGCCCGGGACCUACCUCGAUCCGGACACGGGCGCGUGCGUCGACUGCUCCCCGGGGACCUACAGCGAUGAUCUCUCAUCCCUGGAGUGUACACCCUGCCCCCGGGGUCAGGCGGCGACUACCGCCGGGUCGAGUCGGUGCACGCCGUGCGAUCCGGGUCACUACGCGAGCGAGACUGGGACGGCGCAGUGCGUCGCGUGUCCGGCGGGGACCUUUGUAGGAUUCGGCGGCGCGGCGAGCGCGGACCAGUGCGUGCCGUGCUCCCCGGGCACCUUCGCCGACGCGCCGGGCGCCGCAAAAUGCGAGCCGUGCGGAGCCGGGACGUACCAGGAACUGUCCCAGCAGAUCGCGUGCGUGCCGUGCCCGGCGUCCACCUACCUCCCCGGCACCGCGGCGCGGUCGAGGUACGACUGCCUAUCGUGCCCCAGCGGCACCUUCAGAGCCGGGAGCGGAGCCGCGUCGUGCGAUCCGUGCGCGGCUGGGACGUUCACGGAGACGCCGGGGUCCGCGUUCUGCUGGCCGUGCCCGGUGGGGACGUACGGCGAGGGCGAGGGUAACACCGCGUGCGAGUCGUGCCCGGCGGGAACGUACGGUGAGAAGCUGGCGGCGGAAAAGGCGGGGGAGUGCCCGCCGUGCCCGGCUGGUAAUUUUAGCGACUCGUUGGGCGCCACCGCGUGCGGGGCGUGCCCUGCCGGGACGUUCUCGGACGUCGACGGAUCCACCGAGUGCGUGGAUUGUCCCCCGGGGACGUACGGCGUCGAGGAGGGUGCUGACUCGAUCGAUCAGUGCCUCAACUGCCCGAUCGGUCAGUACAAUCCCGGCAGCGGCAAAGCCGCCGAGAUUGACGAUUACGGAUUCCUCACCGAAUGUUUCCCUUGCGCGAUGGGCACGUUCGCAAACGCGACUGGACUCCAAGAGUGUUUCCAGUGCCCGCCCGGCACGCAUUUAAACAAGACCGGAAGCAUCAGGGAGGCUGACUGCUACGACUGCGAUUACGGGACGUUCGCACCCGUGGGGGGCAUGGACGAGUGUCUCCUCUGCCCCCCGGGCACCUACAUGAACGACGUGGGAGCGACGGAGUGCACCGGCUGCGACCCGGGUUUCUUUAACGACGAUUUCGGCAGUGGGAACCUCACGUCGUGUCGGCCUUGCCCGCCCGGCACGUACAGUGAUGUGGUGGGCACCGGCAACUGCAUGCUGUGCCCCGAGGGUGAGUACAAUCCCAACUACGCGCAGACGGAGUGCACCAAGUGCCUUGAAGGAUUUUACCUCCCGGUGAAAAAUUCUACGGAGGAAUCCGCGUGCCUGCCCUGCCCGCUGGGAACGUACUCGAACGUCCCGGGCCUCGGCCAGUGCCUCGAGUGCCCGCCGGGAUCCUUCUCGGAGAAGGAGCAGGCCGUAGAGUGCGAGCUGUGCGAAGCGGGAACUGUUUACGGUUUGCCGGGUGGCAACUCGAGUUUACAGUGCGACGCGUGUUUCCCGGGGACUCACGCGCCGGUGCCCGGUAUGCCCGAGUGCCUGCCCUGCCCCGCGGGUUCCUACAACGAGCUGGACAAGGCCACGGAGUGCACGCCGUGCGAUCCGGGCCUCUACCUUCCCUUCGAAGGGUCCAAGAACGCCGAGGACUGCGUGCCGUGCCAGACGAACCCGGUUGGCACGUUCGCCGCCGAGCCCGGAACGGCGAAGUGCGCUCCGUGCCCCGUGGGAACGUACGCGGACGAGGAGGGACUCAAGGAGUGCAAGAAGGUGCCGGAGGGAUCGUACCUGGACGUGUCGGGUUCGAACUCGUCCGACGCGAGGACGCUGUGUCCCAUCGGGACGUUCGCCGCGGAUCCCGGCGCGGCGAUUUGCACCGACUGCCCCACGGGGUCUUACGCCGAAAACGAGGGUAGCGUGCUGUGCACGAUGUGCGAGCCCGGGUACUUUUUGCCCAUCGAGAAGGCGACGUCUCGGGAUCAGUGCCGUCGUUGCACGAAGGGCACGCGAUCCGCGGCGGGUGCUGGGCAGUGCAUCCUCUGCCCGCCCGGUCAGUACGGCGACAAGGAGGCCAUGCCCGAGUGCAUCAUGUGCCCGCCGGGGACGUUCAAUCCAAACGCAGGUGAAGAGUCCCCGGCGGCGUGCGUCGACUGCGCCAUCGGAUACCACAACGAAUUCCCCGGAAAGGCGCUGUGCUUACCCUGCCCCGCGGGCACGUACGGCAACCUCACGGGUAUGCCCGAGUGCUGGAAGUGCGAGCCGGGGACGUUCAUCUCGGUCGAGGGGAGCAUCUUCCCGUCGGACUGCGCGCUGUGUCCGAUGGGUACGUAUUCCGACCAACACGGCGCGGGUCAGUGCACGCAGUGUCCCCCCGGGACGUUCAACAGCUACGAGGGUCAGGACGUGUGCACGCUGUGUCCUCCGAGGACGUACGGUCCGGAGUCUGGAGCCAAGUCGAUUGAGCUGUGCGAGUACUGCCCGCGGUGGCACUUCAACACGACGCCGGGUUCCAGUCGGGUGGAGGAUUGCGUGUACCAUCACUCGCCCGCGGCGGGUGUGUUCACGCGCGUCGCGGUGUGGUUCGCGGUGGUGUUUGCGUGCAUCGCAGUCGCGGCGCUGGACGAACGCGACUAUAGUAUUUAUCGUUAG